CAUACAAAGCCUGAAAACCUUCCCUCUCUCUCCUAUUCAUACAUCACUCUCUUCACUCUCUCUCUCAUAAAGAAAUAUUUCUCGGCAGUCGUCUAGUCAUUUUCAAGCAAUUGCUGUUGCAGACUUGAAGUGCCGGAGAUUCACCGGCGGUCGUUUUGUGCUUUGCGCUUCAGGAGACAAUCAUGGUUUCUUCUGUGUACAGGGAGAAGUUUGCGAAAUCUGUGGUAAUGUUGGUUGGGCUAAUGCAUUACUUUCUUGCAUACGGUGUAAAACAACUGGUUCACAUAUCUAUUGCUUGAGCAUCCCACCUGAUGAGCCUAUUAAUGAUUGGCAUUGUGAGGAAUGUAAAUCAGUAUCUCCGCAAGAAGGGCGAGCAUCUAAUCAGGAAAAGGAGUUACCUGGAUUUCCGAAAUCAACCUAUUCUGUUUUGACUGGAAAGACUAAAUAUCUUCCAUUUAAAGAUGCUCUCAAGCUUUGCUUAAGAGACGAGAAAAGGGCCCGCUUGAAGGUUGCAGUGCGCUCAAAACCCUUAGGGCGUAAGGGUGGAUUGCAUACCUGUGAGGAAACACCUAUCAGCCCCCCAUCGUCAACUCAGAAGGAUCUUGGUUCAGGACCUUUACAAAAAUCCCCAGUUGAUGGGGGACUAUUUAGUAUGAUGGACAACUGUCACAGGCGCGAAGUACUGACUUACCAUCAAAGCUCAUCACCCUACCCAUGUUUGUAGAAAGGUCUAUGAAUUCUCGAAGCAAAUGCCCGACUUACUCCAUUUUCAGUUAUUUCCAUUCCGAAAAUUCUGGAUCUAUGUCUUUCAGUUAUUACUAGUAAUUUGGACAGUGGGGCCCUUUGGUCUGAAAACUUGGCAUUGAGAAGACAGAUUGCCGAUGUUGAGCUUCUGGUAUUUACCUCCAAACCUCUACCGAUCAAUUGUCAAUUUUUGUAGGGCAACUACUUUCUGUCAGGAUUAUUUCAUAAUCUGAAACAAGGAACUACAGCCUUCCCGGAUAGCACCGUGUUGUCCAUGCCUUCUCCUAAAACUGCAGUCAUUAACAUGGAGGCCCACAUUGCGCAAUGAUCCCGUCUCUCUUGUGUUUAAGGAGGUGUCUAGGCUUAAAUUCCGAUGAUCAGUGAAAUCUCCUGUUCUACUCCAGCAAAGUUGAAAUCUGGUUGCAGGAAUAAAUGAGUUCUUUACAGCUAAGAUGAAGUCGAAAGAUAGUUCAUACCACAUACGAUGCUCUAUUGAUUGCUGUGAUUGAAACCGACAUUCCUCUCUCUCGUCUCUUCAUCUGUUUUUCAGCCGGAGUUUAUGCUUCUUCCGGCAUCCAUUACUGUAUCGUACUCAAAGCUCCUGUCACAAAUUUGCCGAUCAAAGUACAUAAAUGGAGGUCUGCAAAUCCACGCCCAUCUUAUCAAGCUUGAAUUAUCGAAGGAGCCUGCGCAUCGUAAUCAUCUGAUAAAUUUUUAUGCAAAAUGUAAACUAUUUUGUGGUGCACGCAAACUGAUCGACGAAAGUCCUGAACCAGAUUUGGUUUCUUGGUCCACCUUGAUAUCUGGCUAUGUGAAGAAUGGCUUUGGGAAGGAGGCCCUUUCGGCAUUCGUUAAAAUACAUAAAUUAGGAAUGAAAUGCAACGAGUUUACGAUCCCGAGCGUGCUCAAGGCGUGCACAAACAUGAGUGAUUUCUCUUUUGGGAAACAAAUUCAUGGAAUUGUAAUUUUCACUGGUUUUGAGUCAGAUGUUUAUGUUUCAAAUGCAUUGUUGGUUAUGUAUGCAAGGUUUGGCUGUUUCUCGGAUUCGCAGAGAUUAUUUGAGGAUAUCCCGGGGAAAAAUGUUGUUUCUUGGAAUGCUAUGUUGUCGUGUUACACGCAGGGUGAUUAUUUUGGGAAAGCAUUGGGGUUGUUUGGGGAGAUGGUGGCGAGUGGAAUGAGGCCCGACGAGUUUUCCUUGUCGACUAUAUUGAAUGCAUCGACAGGGCUCGGAUGUAUUGGUGAAGGCAGGAAGGUUCAUGGCUAUCUUGUGAAGCUUGGAUAUUUGAGUGAUCCGUUCUCGUUGAAUGCACUAGUGGACAUGUAUGCAAAAGCAGGGGAUCUUGGAGAUGCUAUAGCUGUUUUUAAUAAUAUUCCGGUACCUGAUAUUGUUUCUUGGAAUUCUGUUAUUGCCGGUUGCGUCUUGCACGAGUUUCAUGAAAUGGCGUUGGAAUUAUUAGGUCGGAUGGGGAGGUCGGGGUCGCGUCCCAAUAUGUUCACCCUGUCGAGCGCCCUUAAAGCUUGUUCAGCAUUAGGCGAUGAAGAAUAUGGUAAACACUUGCACGCGAGUUUAAUAAAGAUGGAUUUAGGUAAGGAUCAGUUUGUGAAUGUCGGCCUCAUUGACAUGUAUUGGAAGUGUCAUUUGAGGGGGUAUGCGGUUCGAGUUUAUCACUCGAUGGAGGAAAAGGACUUAGUUGCAACUAAUGCAAUGAUCUCCGGAUAUGCGCAGAAUGGCAAUGCCACAGAAGCGCUAUCUCUAUUUGUGGAGAUACAGAAACGAGGAAUUGAAUUUGACCAGUCGACUCUUUUGGGUUUGCUAAAUGCAAUUGCGGACUUGGGGGAUGUUAGUCUCUGCAAACAAGGUCAUGCACUUAUUGUGAAGUCGGGUUAUCAAGACGAUCAUUUUGUUUUAAACAGUCUUGUCGAUUCAUAUGGAAAAUGUAAUCAUGCUUGCGAAGCAGGUGGAGUGUUUGAAGAAUGCCCGACGGCAGAUUUACCAUCUUAUACUUCAAUAAUGGCGACGUAUGCUCAGUGUGGACGAGGCGAAGAAGCUUUGAAGCUCUACCUGAAGCUGCUCAACACGGGUCUUAAACCGGAUUCGUUUGUUUGCAGUUCCCUACUUAAUUCUUGUGCAAUUCUAUCGGCCUAUGAACAAGGAAAGCAAAUCCAUGUACAUGUCUUGAAACUUGGAUUUUUAUCGGAUGUUUUCGCUGGGAAUUCACUUGUCAACAUGUAUUCGAAGUGUGGAAGUUUAAAGGAUGCUACCCGGGCUUUCUCUGAGGUACUCGACAAAACUGUUGUGUCAUGGUCCGCAAUUAUAGGUGGACUUGCUCAACAUGGCUAUGGUAACGAGGCUAUCAAAUUAUUCGACGAAAUGUUGAAGGAUGGUGUCUCUCCCAAUCACGUAACAUUAGUCAGUGUCCUUUCCGCGUGUAAUCAUGCCGGUCUAGUCGAAAAAGCUCAAUGGUAUUUCGAGACUAUGAAGGAGCAAUUCGGCAUCCAACCAAUGCAAGAACACUAUGCUUGCAUGAUUGAUGUCCUCGGCCGAGCUGGGAAAUUGGAUAAGGCAGUGGAACUUGUCGAUAAUAUUCCAUUCGAAGGCAAUGCCGCCAUCUGGGGAGCACUUCUUGGAGCGGCUAAAAUUCACAAGAGUGUCGAGCUUGGCAAGCGCGCAGCUGAGAAGCUUUAUUCUCUCGAACCAGACAGAUCCGGUACUCAUAUUCUUCUGGCUAAUAUUUACGCAUCAGUGGGACUUUGGGACAAUGUUGCGCAAGUGAGAAAGUUAAUGAGAGACAGUAAAGUGAAGAAGGAGCCCGCGAUGAGCUGGAUGGAGGUAAAAGAUCAAAUACACACAUUUAUAGUUGGCGAUCGAAGUCAUCCCAGGAGUGAUGAAAUUUAUGCAAAACUCGAAGAGAUGGGACAGCUGAUGGCGAAAGCUGGAUAUGUUCCGAUGCUGGAAAUUGACCUCCAUUAUGUCGACAAGAAAGAAAAGGAACUUCUUCUUUCAUAUCACAGUGAAAAACUUGCGGUGGCAUUUGGACUGAUCGCGACUCCAUCCGGGGCGCCUAUAACAGUGAAAAAGAACCUUCGGAUAUGUUUGGAUUGCCAUACGGCGUUCAAGUACAUCUGUAAGAUUGCGUCGAGGGAAAUAGUUAUCAGAGAUGUAAACAGAUUCCAUCACUUUAGAGAUGGAUCUUGUUCUUGUGGGGAUUAUUGGUAACAAUGCUCGACGCCUGAUGCUAUUACAGCCUCGAUAUAAGCAGCUUGCCUAGAGAUAGAGAUGGCAAUGGGUAGGGGUAGAUCCGAGACCUGACCCGAACCCUAUCUAUUUAUUUGGGAUCGGGUCCAAUUAUUUGGAUAUUGAGUCGGGCAUGGGUAAGGUCUUUAAUAAAUUUUUUGGGGUCGGGUCGGGUUCAGGGUUUAAUAGCAGACCCUACUCGACUUGGAUCCAAUUAAUUAAAUAUUACAUUUUGUUAUUAUUACUAUUAUUAUUAGUGUUGGUGGUGGUGGCAACGGCAGACGCGUCAAGGCGGUAUAAGUGAAGAUUUAUAUUUGUCGUAUAUAUUUUUAAUUUACUUUUUGAAAUAAAUAGAUAUAUUUUUUUAAGUAAAUCGGGUUCGGCUGGUCUAACAGGUAUAUCACGGGUAGGGUUCGAGCACAUUAGGGUUUGGCUAGGGUCUUGGGUCUAGCAAUAUACCCGAUCCAUACCAUACCCAUUGCCAUCUCUAAGCUCGCCAAGCAUUUAAUAAGUAUGAUUGCCCUUUAGUUAUUGGGUGGACUUAUUUUAUCUUUAGUAAGUAGGGUUUAAGUAAUGGUAUUUAAGGAGUAACUAGGGUUUGAGACUUAUCAUUUUGAAAUUCUAGAAAUAAAGUAGUCGUUAGACUUUGGGCAAACGGUUGGUACUGUUUGAUCGUUUUUGGGCAAACGAUUAAUAUCGUUUGAUUUUCUUAUUCUUUAUUUCUUUUUUAUCAUGUUCAUAUGCUGCUAUUGUGAUUAAAUAUAUUGUCUUCAGACGUGAGGUAUGAUAUUUUUAUGGAACCAAUAUGUUAGCAGCAUAAAUUAGUUUUGUUCAAAAUACUAAUUUAUUCAUAUUAUGCAAGGAGAUCACCUUUCACCCCCGCUUUUUGUUAUCUCGAGCUGUUGAUGAUGGCAGCUGGAACCUGAUCAAGCUCUCCAGCUCUGAAACUGCCUGCGUAUGAACAACCAAAAUUCGAGGGUUAUUGCAUCUCCAUCCAUGCCCGUACACAUCCAAUGUGAGUUUCGCCAAACCACUGGGAUCUAAUUCACCCAUGAUCUCGGAAAAUACCUCGGAUUCUCAAUGGUGCAUGGUAAAAAAUGGAAGACUUAUUUGCCCACGUAAUGGAACGAAUGAAUGACCCAGAAGAUCAAGAAUUGGUCAUCUAGGUUCUUGUCAAAAUGCGGGAGGAUUAUUCUAGCUCGCUCAGUUUUAACUCCAUUCAAUUUACUUGAUGCAAAAUUUCAAGCUUCCGUAUAAUAUAUCUUUUGGGGUGGAAAACUAUGGCAAAACCCAUAACAUAGGAUGGUCUCAAUCUUCGGAACAUAACUCACUUGAGGGAUGCUAUACCAAAAACACAAACUCUGGAUUCGCCUCAUGCACGAGCUCUACUACGGAGAAAAGAAUUUUUGGGAAGUCUCUAGAAAAAAUGGAUCCCCGAUUUGACGAGCUAUCUACAACAGUAGAGAAAUAUUAAAAUUGGGCUACACUUUAGAAUUGGAAAUGGAGAAUCUUCAUUUUGGUUCAGGGAAUGGUUAAAUGG